CGCUGUGGUAUGAAACAUACCAUGAUGCAUUUCGAUGGGGACAAUACACAUUUGAGAUUGCCAAAAUGCACGAGAAAUAUGGUAAGCUCAGCAUCGCAACCCAACGAUACCUCUAACCAAGCAGGCCCCAUUGUCCGGAUUAGCCCACAUGAACUGCAUAUCAAUGACCCAGAGUACUACGAAGUCCUGUACUCCCGCGACAGCCCACGAAACAAGUAUGCAUAUUUCACAACGCAGUUCGGCGUUAGUCGCAGUACAAUUUCGACAGUCGACCACUACCACCACCGGAUGCUGCGCUCGAACAUGAACCCUUACUUUUCACUCACUCGCGUUCGGAAGCAAGAACCACUUAUACAAGGCCUCGUGAACAAGCUCAUCGAUCGUAUCAGCGCGUACAAGAAUACAGGAACGCCGAUUAACCUGCAGGAUGCAUUUACCUGCUUCACGACCGACGUUGUCUCCGAUUACACCAUGGGCGCGGGAUUCCAUUAUCUCGACGAGCCCGAUUUCAUCCCCGAAUGGAGCGCGACCAUGGCCGGCAGCCCGAAAAACGGCGUGUAUAUGAAGGCGUUUCCGUGGUUGGGAGUGGUGCUUGCAGCUACGCCGCGGUGGUUGCUUUCGCGUGCGUAUCCGGGCAUGAACCUGGUCUUCCAGUUCCAGGCACGGUGUAAUAAAAUUGUCCGGGCGAUUAUGAAUGAGCAGAGUGCGCCGGACUACGAAGAGGCGAAGAGCCGGUUCAGCCAGCCGACUUUCUUCCACGACGUCCUUAAUAGCAAUCUCCCGGCAGAGGACAAGGAUCCAGAAAGACUGGCCCAGGAGGUACAAGUUGUGAUAGGCGCGGGCACAGAAACGGUCGCAAAGAUGCUGACUUGGACAAUGUACUAUCUGCUUGAGAAGCCAGAGAAGAUCCAGAAGCUACGGGAGGAGUUGAAUCGGUUGGAUCCGACGAAGACUGCAACUCUUCUAGAGUUUGAGCAGAUGCCGUAUCUGACAUCCGUCAUGCUCGAAGGACUUAGACUUUCAUACGGCGCCAGCUCUCGAUUACAGCGCAUCGCUCCAGACCGCAACCUCCAGUUCCAAGAAUGGUCCAUCCCAGCAGGAGUAUGUUCUGACACUAUAUACGAUAUAGUAAUUGACAACACUAGACACCCGUCGGCAUGAGCACUGCCCUACUCCACCACAACGAGAACAACUUCCCCGACUCGCGCGAGUUCAUCCCCGAGCGAUGGCUAGACCCGGAAAAGCGUAAGCACCUGGAGAAGUAUAUGGUGUCGUUCAACAAGGGGUCGCGACAGUGCGUUGGGAUGAACCUCGCACGAUCCGAGAUCCUCCUGGCUCUCCCGAAUGUCGUCCGCCGUCUAGAUCUGGAGUUGUACGAAACGACGCGUGAGGAUGCAACACUCGCCCAUGAUCUAUUUCUCCCUUUUGCGCGGGAGGGAAGGAAAGGCGUUCGUGUUUUAGUACAGUAGAUAAGCUGUCCUAGUUAACAGGAAAUACCCGCAUAUUAAUAUACCUUAUACCGGCUUGU